UGCACAACUGUGCUGCAAAGCAAGUGGUACUUUUUUUCUUCUGUUGGAUUGGAAAUUUCACGCAGGGGUUAGUGGAACAGCAUCUUCUGUGAACACAGGAGGAGGGGAAACCCAGCCGCUUCGCAGAAAUGUUGAGGCAAGUGACAAGCAGCCUUCCUCAAGCCUCACCAGGUCUCGACCUAAUCAUCGACAUUUCACCUGGAGUCUUCUCUCGUGUAUCUGAAAUUCACUACUGUAUUUUUAACACAUGUCCCACAGAUGAGAACCAUGGCACUGGCAGGCUGGGUCUGCAUGUUGGCGGCACUGUCGUCUCUAACGUUUGCGGUGGCACACAACCACAGUGUGGAGACAGAGACCCACCAUGUCAGCGCGGGACACCUCUUACUGCUGACGUGCCACUUGCUCGUCGCCGCUCACGGCGCCAAUGUGACCUGGAGUCGAGCGGGGAGGCUCGAGCUGCCCGGAGGAGCGGAGGUCCGGGACAGGCUGCUGUGGUUUCUCCCCGUGCAGGCUUCUCACAACGGAACCUACACGUGUGAGAUAAGGGACGAGACUCGAUCGUUGAAGUUGAACUUUGGGGUGUCGGUGUCCACUGGACAGUGUCCAGAUCCACCUGAGAACAUAUCCGUCCCGCAGGGAGUCAGGGGAGGUCUCCCCUGCAAACAGAAGGAGAUCUUCAGACUGAAUAAAACAAGGAGCAUACGAUGGAUGAAGGACUGCCGCCCAGUGGAGCCCAUCUCUGUGGAUGAGAGCGGCUACCUGAGGCUGCCGGUGGCCUCAGAGGAGGAUGGUGGGAAAUACACCUGCCUGGUGGACAUUAGCCUGGAUGGCAGGAAGUACACGGCUGCGCGUAGCAUCCAGCUGACCAUUAAGAGAGACCUCACAGAUGCAGUCCUUGCAAAGCCGGAGGUGAUGUUCCCUCGACGGCAAGUGGUCGUGGUAGAAGUGGGCAAGGCAGCAGAGCUCAAAUGUUUGGCCUACAUAGGCUUCGGCGAGGACCCUGACAUUGUCAUGUACUGGACCGUUGACGGGAAAUUCGUCGAGGAGUACGAGGGACUUGUGGAGUCCUGGAAAUACACUCACAACAGAGGCAGGGUGUAUGGUCUGUCCACUCUAUCCAUCUCUAAAGUUCUCCCUCUGUUCCUGAAUGUCUCCAUCCACUGCAAUAUAAUGAACCGGGUUGGAAGGAAUGCUGGCUUAGUGCUGCUUCAAGAAGCCGACCACAGUAAAUUCUACACCAGUGUUGCGUUCUGCCUCACUGCCGUUUUUGCCACUCUUGCCCUGGCUGCAACCUCUCUUUUCUUCAAAGUAGAAGUGUUGCUGACGUACAGGAAGCUGCUGAGACAUUUUUACAAGCAAGCUCCAGAUGGAAAGAUCUACGACGGCUACGUGAGCGUCCUCUGUCCCGACACCCUGAGCUCUGCUGAGACGGUGAACUUUGCCCUGCGGAUCCUGCCCGGCGAGUUAGAGAAAAAACAUGGCUACUCUCUGUACAUCAGAGGACGGGACGACUGCCCUGGAGACGCCUUUCAUGAAGUCAUUGCUGCUACAGUUCGCCAGUGCCGCAGACUUAUAAUCAUACUGUCAGCUGACCCCAAAUCCCUCGCCGAAGGCACGACAGAGGAAGCAUCAACCCAAUGUGACGACCGAAGCCAGCUGUGCUACGAACAGAAAAUCGGCCUCUACGACGCUUUGACGCAGAACGAGCCCAGAGUGAUCCUGCUGGAAAUCGGUGGCCCAGUGGACUACAGUCGCCUGCCGGAGUCUCUUCGGUACUACAAGAGGAAACAGGGAGCGCUGAAGUGGAAGCCCGCCUCUCUCGGAACCCACAACUUCGCCAAGUCGCACUCGGACAGAAGGUUCUGGAAGAACCUGAGGUACCGCAUGCCCUCGGUGCCCGCGGGACGACUCCAGACUGUAGUCUAAAAUAAGUUUACAAAAAAAAAAAAAAAAAUACGUUAUCUUACUUUGUCUCUGUUUCCUGGAUAUAAUUUUGUUUUUCACAUGUGGAAACCAGACAGCACUCUACAACAUGUUGUAUAGCAAAUAUGUGUUAUUCAUAAACACCUGGAUUAUGUGGCAUUAGGGUAACAUGUCAACAGACGUAUGUAAAUACUGUACAGACAUAGAAUACAGCUUUUUUUCUCAACUAAUUACAGAUUUGUGAUGAUACUUGGGUCUUAGCCUCUUGCUCUUCAAACAAGGGGGUUCUAAAACCAGGGUCACCAGUUUACAGUAAUUUACUCAUUAGGAAUUCAAUCCUUUUUAUGCAUUGGUAUAUUUUUUUAAUAUUUAAGAUGUUGUGGUUGUGUGACUCACUUUUCAGUGGUUAGAUAAUGGUCAUAACAAGAUGAACUUCAGCUUUCAACAGUCAGCAACGAUGAUGCAUUCAGCAACAUUAAACCUCAAGUCUGGUCUGAAAUCA